AUGUCUACCGGCCAUGAGAUAUUCCGAAUUUAUGGCGGCAAGCACCCUGAACCGUCUCGACGAACCGUCGACAAUAAAAUGAAAUCUCUUCAUGAUCAGCCACUGCUAAGGCCAUCAUCGUGGAGCGCGACAUCACAAGCUGCUAUUGAUACAUUGAAAAGCAAUCGAGUGGGCUGCUGUGAAAUUGAUCGUGAUAAUGAUCUGGACUUCGCUACAGAGGACCGGGAGCUUUCGUAUGCGAAAGCUGACGCUGUGCUAGCCCGACAUGGAAAAAAGGAGCGGCGAUCCACUUUCCAAUGCCAGCCUUCGGGCCAAUUCGCGAAUCAAUAUCCUAUCCGGUGUCGCCAUGAGCAGGCUGGACACUCCACCCCAAAUUGCGUUAACUGUGUAGUAACCUCUCUGCAUCUGUCCGGCGAGUACAAUAGCAGAACUUACGAAACAACUUCAUUUACUGAUGCAUCUGAUUUGCACGUCAAACUUAUUAUUCCGGGUCAUCGUGAGGCCACCGUUGGGCCUGAAGGCCCUAAAUCAAACUCGGUGACAUCGUUCAGCACGUAUGCUGCUAUAACAAGCCGGUGCCUUGGAUCUCAGGAAUCUAUUUCCUCUUCGAAAACUGGGUAG